AUUUCUGGCCAAGCAGUUGCACGGUGGACAAUUGGACGUAAUGCAUCUCGGCAAAUUAAUGCGCCUGAUUUGUUUUUAGAAACGGAGUUUAUGACGGGUCGGUGGAGAGGAUACAGAGCCGCAGUAGGCUACCAUUCGCUGUCAGGGAUACUGGUUUUUUGUUGAUGUCAUCGGUAGCCGUGUUCGAACCGGAGCGACCGUCAAUUUAUAGUCAGGAUUACUAGAAUAACAAAAUAAAGCCUACAAUAAAAAAGUAGCUAGGUUUUUUUUUGUGCGCACAGUGAGUAUGGGAAUUCUAACGCACUGUGUUUUACUUUUUUUAUUCCAGCAUUUGACGUCCGCUUAUGAUUUUAAAGAAGGACUAGAUAACGGACAGUAUGCAUUUGUGAAAGAUCCUAGUUUGAAUAUCGAAAAGAGAUCUGCAGAUGUAGAAUUAUUCCAGUUUGACUCUGAAUCAUCCGAACACAUUCGGAGCAGGAGAAGCGCUGAUCAAGGGGACUGUAAAAGUCUCCAGGGAUUCGACACCAAGUUGACUAACAACACCCACACCUAUUCCUUCAAUGACCUGAGUGGGUCCGUGUCACUGGCCUGGGUUGGAGACGCCACCGGGGUCAUCCUGGCUUUGACAACAUUCCAGGUUCCAUUCUUCAUGUUGAGAUUCGCCCAGUCUAAACUCUAUCGAAGUGAGAACUAUGGGAAGUCGUUCCAGGAUGUCACAAACCUCAUCAACAACACUUUCAUCAGGACAGAGUUCGGGAUCGCCAUCGGACCAGAGAACUCUGGGAAGGUGAUCCUGACAGGUGAUGUGUCUGGCAGCCUGGGAUCUCGUAUCUUUAUCUCCAGAGACUUUGGGAACAGCUUUGAGCAGCAGGACCUUCCCUUCAACCCCCUGAUGCAGAUCACAUACAACCCCAGAGAUGCCAACGUUCUCCUGGUUAUCGGCAACACUAACGAGCUCUGGCUGUCAGAGGACUUUGGAGAGAACUGGAGGAAGAUCCAUGACAUGGUGUGUCUGUUGAAAUGGGGGAUGGACAGUAACAUAUUCUUCACCACCAGCCUCAAUGGAUCCUGCAAUGACAGAGGGAUGCUGGACUUGAGGAGGACGACAGACUACGGGAAGACCAUCAAGACUGUUGCCACUAAGAUCUUCUCUUUCGGCCUGGGGGGAAAGUUUCUGUUUGCCUCUGUUAUGACUGGAACUGGCAUUCUGAGGAGGAUCCAUGUGUCGACUAACCAGGGGGAGGAGUGGAACAUGGCUCAGCUGCCUCCGGUUGGCCACGAGGAGUUCUAUUCCAUCCUGGCAGCCAAUGAGGACAUGGUGUUCAUGCACGUGGACGAACCAGGAGACACAGGCUAUGGCACCAUCUACGUGUCAGACGACAGGGGUACCGUGUACUCUAAGUCUCUGGAGCGUCACCUCUACACCACCACAGGGGGAGACACUGACUUUACCAACGUUACCUCUCUACGAGGGGUCUUCAUCACCAGUAUACUGGCAGAGGAUGGCUCGGUGCAGUCCGUGGUGUCCUUCGACCAGGGAGGGGAAUGGGUGCCCCUGCAGAAACCUGCCAACACCAAGUGUGACUCCACAGCCAAAGACCCCGACAAGUGCAGUCUCCACAUCCACGCAGCUUACAGCACGGCUAUGAAGCUGAACGUCCCCAUGCUGCCUCUCAGUGAACCAAACGCUGUAGGACUCAUCAUGGCUCACGGGAGUGUGGGCGAUGCCAUCUCUGUGAUGAAGCCUGACGUAUUCGUGUCAGAUGAUGGAGGUUACACCUGGCUACAGGCCCUGGAGGGACCUCACCACUAUGCCAUCCUGGACUCUGGUGGACUCCUGGUGGCCGUGGAGCACUCUGCUCAGCUCAUCAAAGACAUCAAGUUUUCCACAGACGAGGGCCAGUGCUGGCACGUUCACCAGUUCACCAGCGAUCCCAUCCACUUCACAGGGCUAGCGGUGGAGCCGGGGGCGAGGUCUAUGAACGUCAGUGUCUGGGGCUACAGAGACUCUCUGCUCAGUCAGUACUGGGUAUCUGUCACCGUUGACUUCCGAGAGCUGCUCACUAGAACCUGUGAGGACCAGGACUACGUGCAGUGGCUGGCACACUCUGAUGACAUCAGCGACCCUAACGACGGCUGUAUGCUGGGUUACAAGGAGAAGUUACUGCGUCUAAGGAAGGCCUCGGUCUGCUGGAACGGACGGGACUAUGAGGUCAACAAGCAACCCACCCCCUGCCUCUGCACCCUGGAUGACUUUCUGUGUGACUUUGGGUACUAUCGUAAAGAGAACAGCUCUGAGUGUGUGGAGCAGCCGGACCUGAAGGGCCACCUUCUGGAGUUCUGUCUGCAAGGCAAGGAGGAGCUGCUGCAAACCAGAGGCUAUAGGAAGAUCCCCGGGGAUAAGUGUGAGGGAGGAACACAGCCGGAGAGAAAAGAGAUCGACCUCAGUAAGAGGUGUGUCAGUGAUCUGCUGGGACCUCAGGAACUACUGAUGGACGGCCAUCUGUCCAGCUCUGCACCCAUCAUAGUGACUGUUUUAAUCAUUGUGCUGCUCGCAAUCAUAGCUGGGGUCCUCAUCGUCAAGAAGUAUGUCUGCGGUGGCAGGUUCCUGGUACACAGCUACUCUGUCCUACAGCAGCAUGCUGAGGCCCAGGGACUAGACGAACCCCUAGACAGCAACCACAUUCAGGCCAGAAACAUGGCCGACUUCCACGACGAUUCAGACGAGGAUCUUCUGGAGUAACAGGUUGAACAUGCAGCUCCCAAGAGGACCUACUCGUCUCCUGUCUGUCCUUUACAACCCAGAGACUCCUGCAGCUACAAGAGGAAUCUAGUCUUCUGUCUGUCCUUUACAACCCAGAGACUCCUGCAGCUACAAGAGGAAUCUAGUCUUCUGUCUGUCCUUUACAACCCAGAGACUCCUGCAGCUACAAGAGGAAUCUAGUCUUCUGUCUGUCCUUUACAACCCAGAGACUCCUGCAGCUACAAGAGGAAUCUAGUCUUCUGUCUGUCCUUUACAACCCAGAGACUCCUGCAGCUACAAGAGGAAUCUAGUCUUCUGUCUGUCCUUUACAACCCAGAGACUCCUGCAGCUACAAGAGGAAUCUAGUCUCCUGUCUGUCCUUUUACAACCCAGAGACUCCUGCAGCUACAAGAGGAAUCUAGUCUCCUGUCUGUCCUUUACAACCCAGAGACUCCUGCAGCUACAAGAGGAAUCUAGUCUCCUGUCUGUCCUUUUACAACCCAGAGACUCCUGCAGCUACAAGAGGAAUCUAGUCUCCUGUCUGUCCUUUACAACCCAGAGACUCCUGCAGCUACAAGAGGAAUCUAGUCUCCUGUCUGUCCUGAGGCUCACUGCUCUACAUCGAAGAACACGUUUCUUCUAUCUGUACAACCAGAGGCUCGCUGCUGCUGCUCUCUUCUUCGCCUCCUGCUACUUCCUCCUUCCCUCCCUCCACCAUGACCCUUGACCUCUAACCCCUGACCUUCCAGCGCCUGGCGGAGAGUUGUUCCAGUGCAGCUCUCAUCAGUGAGGUAUCCAAUGAGGCUUUGUGAUCCGAGUGAGACACAGCCAGAAUUCAGCAGGAGAGCAGAGGUCCAGUCGUUAUGGUUGAUUUAAAAAACAAUUUAGUCUCCAAGUUCCUUUUCUGUUGGGAUAGAAUGGUGUGAUGGUUCUGGAAUGCUGGUGAAUCUGGAAUCAUGGAACUGUUGUUUUAGAAGCUGUUUUAUGGUCUUUGGGAGCUUCUCUUAAUAUCUACUGUAGCUAGACUCUUCAAAACAAGUGACUGUAAACAGCACCAUGAUGACAUUACGGGUUAUACAUGCCUCUCCCAUUGCUUGGGACUGGGGAUCUUGGGAAAUAUUACGUAUACGUUUCUAUUGAAGACAUGUCCUUUUCCCCUCCCCUGCACUUACAUAAAGAUCUUUCAUUUUUCAUUGAUGUGAUUCAGGGUUGGGACUAUGGUAAAUAGUUUGUAGUUGGUUACUGUGGCUUGGUAAAAUUACUCUACCAAGCCACCCUAUUCUUAACUAUUUUUAACUAUUUUGCCUAAAUGAUAAGAUGAAAGUGGAAAUAUUUAUAAGCAUUUAAAGUUUGAUAGCAAUAACAUGUUUAGAUCCACUGUAUCAACAUGCUAAGCUUUCAUAGCAGGAAUCAACCUCCUCCUCUAAACUAACGGGAUUAAUCCUAACAUGAGAACUGUGUACCUAACUCAAACAUUCACCUUCUGAAUCAUGCAUUGAUGUCAAUGGUUUUUUUUUAAAACUCAAGUUAUGAUUUGGCUAUAUUGGAACAAUAGAUUUAUUCUAUCUAAACAUUGUAUGCAGUUGGGACUGCCUAAAGCAGUAAAAAAAAAACAUCUGUUUAGUUUGAGUCAGAGGGGGGAGGAAAUGUAGUAUACAAAAAGCUAUUCACCUCAUGCCUCCUCAUUUCUCUACACAAAGGAUGUUUAAUAUGUUGAGCUAAUCCUACACUAGUGAAAGUAGACCCCAAUGUGAAGGAAGGACUAUAGGAAUCAAUUGAACGUAAACACAGGCACUAAGGCCACAUUUUGUUUUUAGAAAUGUAAUAACUGUCACAUAGAUCUGGACAUCUUUGACGAAGCCAUUUUUUGUUAGAAGAAAUUGUUUUAUAAACUUAACAACGUUGUAUGGAUGUCUAGCAGUUUUGCCACUGGCGUGUCUGUUUUCAGUGUGUAGAACAGACCUCUUGUCUGUAUGUACUGUACGCUCGUAUCUUAAUAUGAUGAGCUAAUACUACUGAAUUACACAUUUUAUUGUGGUCACCACAUUACCUGAAAAAUGUCAUUGACUUAAGUUUCACCUAGACUAGGGUCAUUCUAGCCUCGGAAGCCCAUUUGGAACGAUGGCCUUGGGAGACUAGGGUCAUUCUAGCCUCAGAAACCCAUUUGGAACGAUGGCCUUGGGAGACUAGGGUCAUUCUAGCCUCAGAAACCCAUUUGGAACGAUGGCCUUGGGAGACUAGGGUCAUUCUAGCCUCAGAAACCCAUUUGGAACGAUGGCCUUGGGAGACUACGGUCAUUCUAGCCUCAGAAACCCAUUUGGAACGAUGGCCUUGGGAGACUACGGUCAUUCUAGCCUCAGAAACCCAUUUGGAACGAUGGCCUUGGGAGACUACGGUCAUUCUAGCCUCAGAAACCCAUUUGGAAUGAUGGCCUUGGGAGACUGGGAGGGUCAUUCUAGCCUCAGAAACCCAUUUGGAACGAUGGCCUUGGGAGACUAGGGUCAUUCUAGCCUCAGAAACCUAUUUGGAACGAUGGCCUUGGGAGACUAGGGUCAUUCUAGCCUCAGAAACCCAUUUGGAACGAUGGCCUUGGGAGACUAGGGUCAUUCUAGCCUCAGAAACCCAUUUGGAACGAUGGCCUUGGGAGACUAGGGUCAUUCUAGCCUCAGAAACCCAUUUGGAACGAUGGCCUUGGGAGACUAGGGUCCUUCUAAUUGGGAGUAUACACCUGACAGGCGGUUUCCAUUUGUUCCUAAUACUAUAGUCAGAUACAAUUGUUUUUAGAAUAAUACAUGUACAGAGUAGAAACUAAAUGAACACUUCUUGUAGGCUUGAAUGUUGGAAAAAACCAGGCGCUGAUGAUAGCUUCCCAUCUGAACUAGGCUACUUUAAAUACUGUGGAGUCACAUGAUCUCUCUCUCUCAAUAGUUUGCCAUUUGAAAACAUUUGUUGCGCCAUCCUUUCCUCUUCCUCUCUCUUCUCUUGUCUUCCACGCCCCUUUACAUGGUGAACUGGUAUUUAUUUAGAAUGAUCUGAUUUGAUUCGGAGUGCAGUAAUGUAACUUAUUGUGUGGAUGGUUAUACAAAUCAAAUCACAUUUUAUUGGUCACAUACACAAAUGCUUGUAAAGUGUCUAGUAGAGGGGGUAGGGUCUGUCCUGUGUGUGUGUGUGUGUGGGGGGGGUCUGUCUAGUAGAGGGGGUAGGGUCUGUCCAGUAGAGUCUUUCUAGAAGGGGGUAGGAUCUGUCUAGGAGGUUCUGUCUAGUAGUGGGGGUAGGGUCUGUCUAGUAGCCUUUCUAGAAGGGGGAGGGUCUGUCUAGGAAGGAGGAGGGUCUGUCUAGUAAGGGCUGUCUAGUAGGGUCUCUCUAGUAGAGGGGUCUGUCCCGUGGGGUCUGUCUGGGAGGGGUCUGCCUAGUAGGGUCAGUCUAGGAGGGGGUAGGGUCUGUCUAGGAGGGUCUGUCCUGUGUGGGGUGGGGUCUGCCUAGUAGAGGGGUAGGGUCUGUCUAGGAGGGUCUGUCCUGGGGCGGGGGGGGGACACACACCCCUAGAUUGGCUAACUAUGUAAGAGCAAUUUUAAUGAUUCCAUUUCUUGAAUUCAAACCAAUAAGACAGUACAUGUUGACCUGCAAUACCAACUACCCUGUUGUUUUGUAGAAUAAUCCUCAGACUUCUCCUCUACCCAUAAUGCAAUGGGAACAACAUAACCCAAUUUAAUUUUACUCCCUGAUCAUGCAAUACAGCUUUAUUUGUCCAUUGUGAAACAGACAAAUGCAAUGUUUCAUCCAACCUAUAUUUGGUGUUUGGUUUGUACAUUACUGUACCCACAUUUGCACAGGAUUGAAAGAAUUAGCGAAAUCUCAAUUGGCAGAACCAAGCCAACACAUACUGUAGCUGCUAAAACACGAGGAAGACACUUGUUCUGAAUGAUUAAUAUUACAUAUUUAAAUCAUGAAGGUUUUAUGUAUUGAGAUUUGAAAGGUGACAUCUUUAUUACAUUUUAAAAUAGCUGUAUAAAGUUAUAAUGCAAUGUGAGAAAGUUCUGGAAUCGUUACAUCUUUGUAUCUGCUGUGUAGUUCAAUAUAUUUGAGGUGAUUUUGCUUUGGGUUAUUGGCUAAUAAAUCAACUUGUUCCUUUGAUAAUAUAUAUAUAUGAGCAGAAAACUUAUCAAAGGAACAAGUUGAUUUAUAUAUAUAUAUAUAUAUAAUUAUUGCAUAAGAGUAGAUUUUAUUUUGUUAAUGUUCAGAAAAACAACUUGAUACAAGAAUGUAAAAUCAAACCUUAACAGAUGAAUGGUAAAUAAUGUGACAUUAUCAGUCUGUCAUCUUUAAAUAAAGGUUGCAUAUUACUGCA